AUGUCCGCUCAUGACGGAAACAAGAAGCUUUUGCUGGAGCUCGUGAAACGGCCUGAAAACAGCGCGUGCGCGGACUGCGGCGCACGCGAUCCAGACUGGGGCUCCUGUACGGUGGGUGUAUUUGUGUGUCUCAACUGCUCCGGGAUCCACCGCAGUUUCUCUCAUAAAGUCAGGUCUAUAAAACUGGACUUCUGGGAGGACAGUCUUGUGGAGUGUAUGAGAUCUAAAGGUAAUGCCAAAGCUCGGGAGUUGUAUGAGAAAUCAGUUCCAUGUCAUUACUAUCGUCCACAACAGUACGACCACACUGAUCUCAGAGAGCAGUGGAUUCGUGCUAAAUAUGAACGUUUGGAGUUCACAGGAGAAGUUAAGUACCCACCGCCUUCCUACAUAACUGGUUUUCAUGAAGGGCACCUAUGGAAGAAGCAAAAAGAGGGUUCACAGUUUAACGAGAGGAUGUUUGUGUUAUCUGAAAAAGAAUUAACUUUGGCAUACUACAUCAAAGACAGCGAAUUCAAAGGGCCCAAGGCUGUGAUCCCCAUUAAAGACCUGAAUGCUAUGUUCCAGCCGAAGAUCGGACAUUCACACGGGCUGCAGCUCACGUACCAGCACCAAAACCACACAAGGAACAUUUAUGUGUACCACGAGACGUCCCAGGAGAUUGUAACGUGGUUCAACUGCAUUCGAGCUGCGCGCUAUGCAUAUCUGAAGACUGCAUACCCCACAGGAAAGGACAGCGAGCUGAUUCCAAUGAUCACUCAUAACUCCCUCAAAGAAGGUUUUAUGGAGAAAACAGGACCUAUGCAAAAGGAGACGUUUAAAAAAAGAUGGUUUGUUUUGGACUCUCAAAGUAGGAAGUUAUUUUACUACAAGAGCCCCUUGGACGCACAUGAGUUGGGGGCAAUUUUCAUUGGCAUGGAUUCAAAUAACUACGCUGUGGAAGACUGUACCUCCAAAUUUCCAAGAGGAAACAAGUGGAAGUGUGGAGUGACGUUGGACACGCCUGAGCGACAGUAUCUAUUUAUGUGUCAGGAGGAAAAGGAGCAGAAAGAGUGGUUAUCUGCUCUUCGACAGGUGCUGCUGAGGCCUAUGGCGCCUCAGGACUAUGCCACUGAAGCUAACAUCAACAACAGAAAUUUGUCCCUCCUGGCUUGCUGUCGAAGCCGGCGUGCUCACGGAACCACUGCGGAAGAUGCUAUGGCCAGUGGUGUUGACGUGAGCGGAGCCGUGGAACUGUGA